UACCGGAUCUCCGUUCGCUGGGUGGACGGGUACGUGGGCGUCGGGUGCGCGUGUGGGUGGGAGGCGGGGUAGUGCAGAUAUGUACGGAGAAUGAAAAUGGUCUGUUCCUCGGAUGUCUACUGUUGUUGCGAACGGGCUGCGUACUGCUUAAGAUCCAGGGCCUGGUGGUUGCAGACACGGAGCUGCAUGGUGUACACCUGCGCCUCGUCUAUCCUAACCUCGCGGCUUGAUUGGGGGAGCUGUACACUGCACCUGACCUCGACCUUACCUUUCUGGCCGCUGGUCAACAAGUCGCUUCUUUACUUAACCCACCUCUCCCCGGGACGAGCGGUGUCCCUCAGGUCCUACGAACGAGGGUUGGACUCGGAUGAGGUUGGCCUACCGCCUGUGACCGUCGACGAUACACGACUUAACAUCAUCCCUCAAAAGCACCCAGCAGCCGAUAAAGUGCCGUCCCGCGGGUCGAUAGCCAGACAUUCUGAACUACUUUCACCUUCAUACAGACAUAUCGCGCCCAUGCGCGCAACGACUUCAUCCUUGGUUGGGAUGAACCCGUGAUCUGCCAUCCCCCCGUUGGCUUGCCUAUAGUCUUCGCGCAACGCAUCGGACGAUUGGGGACGAUUGGAGGCGUUUCCGCGCCUCGUUCCACCAUGCACUCUCUUGAGGUGAGGGAGCCAUUCGAGGGAAAGGGCCCUGAGGGUCGUCGCGUAAGCGAACAAUCCUGCGCCUAUCCCCCGACGCUUUCCAUCAGAUCAUCGUCUACGUCUUCGUCAAUGUCUUUGGGGCUGCUGGUUGGUCCAUAGCCCUUCCGCAAAUUUGCGGCAUUCUGCCAGACCUCGUUUGCAGCAGUCCGUCGGUCUUACUCCAC